AUGAAAUUCGACUCCUCCAUUCUCAUCGCCUCUUUGGCUGCCUCCGCUGUUGCGGCUCCGGCUCCUUUCACCAACGCUGGUCUUGGAAAGCGAUGGGUUGACACCACUGGUGGACAGAAGAUGCCCGCACACUUCGUCUCCACCGUCCGCAAGCUUUCCACCGAAAAGCUCAAGACCAAGCGUCAGCUUGACCAACUCCUCGGUGGAUUGACUGGAGGAGCCGGCGGAGCAGGAGGUGCCGCUGGCGGUGCUGGCGGCGCUGGAGGACUUGGAGACCUCCUUGGCGGCCUUACUGGCGGUGCGGGUGGCGGCAACGCAGCAGGUGGAGCUGCGGGUGGAGCAGCAGGCGGAGCUGGAGGUCUUGGUGACCUUCUUGGUGGACUGAUGGGCGGCGGCGCUGCUGGUGGCAACGCUGCUACUGCUGGAGCUGCCAACACUGCCGGCGCUGCUAACACUGCCGGUACUGCCAACACUGCUGCUGCCGGCGCCGCGAACGGCAACGGCAAGGGCAAGGGAAAGGGUAAGGGUAAGGGCAACAAGGGUGCCGCUGGUGCCAACGGCGCCGCCAACAACGGCACAGCCGCAGCAGGUGGUAGCACUGGUGCUAAUGGUCAGGCUGGAAACGGCCAGGCUAACCUUCCCACUGCCGGUGCUGGUCAAGGCCAACAGGCCGCCGGAGCUGCCACUCCCCCUACUCCUCCCACUGCUGGUCUCGCUGGUAACGCAGCACCCCCGGCACCCCCAGCUCCUCCUGCCAACGGUGCUGCCCCUCCCGCCCCUCCCGCCCCUCUUGCAAGCGGUGCUGCCCCUCCUGCUCCCCCAGCUGGUGGAGCUGCUCUUCCCGUUCCUGGCCAGCAGACUGGUACUGGUGCUGCAGGAACUGGCUCAACAGGAACUGGCUCUGCUACUGGUGUUCAGCAAGGAACUGGUGCUGCGGGUACUGGCUCUACUACUGGAACUCAGCAAGGAACCGGCCAGCUUACCCAGGGUGGCUCGGCCGGUACUGGCGCUGGACAGUCUACCACUGGCUCCACUACUGGGACUGGUGCGGCCACUGGCAACGGUGCUACUGGUAACACUGGUGCUAACACUGGCGCUACUUCCAACACUGGUGCUACUUCCAACACUGGUGCCACUGGCGCUACCGGUGCUUCUUCCAGCACUGGCGCUUCUACUGGAGCUUCCAACGGAGCUUCUGGCAACGGAAAGGCCUCAGGCAGCAAGAGCCAGUCUGCUGCUGACGCCGACUCCGCUCUCGCCGAUUCCCAAGAGGAGGACUAG